CAAUUCUAGCUGUCACCUCGGCCAAAGAAGCCCCGGAAUCUGGGAUAGAUCUUGUGGAGAUGGGUAUUUUCAUUGCAACAGAACAAUAUGCUACUACGAACAACAAACCAUGAUUGGCCAAAGACGUCUUGAUAUUGGAACAUAACGCGGAUGAUGGAGUCAAAUUUGGGUAACGGAUGUAUAAAUUUACUUAUGUGAUUGGGCGUUGUUAUGAGGAACACUCCACGAGAGCUCUCGAGAAGCUUCGUUAAGCUAGGCCAUGGCGAACGGCAGUCCUCUGAAUAUAGAUACUUAUAACCCGGUUGUAGGGCCAUGCAUAGAUACGAUCGUCAUGUAGUUGUAUAGAGUAAACUUCAUUCUCAAUAGCGACGAUCCCUAAAGUUGUGACGAUGGCGUUUUCUAACUUCUUACUGUCUGUUAUUCUUCCUGUACUUCUCUCGGCGGUCAGCGUACAAGCCCACGGCAUCGCUAGCGCCAUUGUGAUAGAUAGCACCUUCUACGAUGGCUACAAUCCGAGUUACCAAUACAAAAGUCCCCCUCCUACGGUAGUUGGCUGGUCUGUUCCGGAUGACCUACAAAACACAUUCAUCGCUCCAAACCAGUUUAGCACCCCGGAUAUGGUAUGCCAUCUUGGCGCCAAACCAGCGGGUGCGGCUGCUCCCGUGAAGGGCGGCGACAUAAUUGAGGUGCAGUGGACGCCAUGGCCAGCUUCGCAUAAGGGACCGGUCCUGGAUUACCUUGCAAAGUGCGACGGGGCUUGUGAAACCGCCGACAAGGCCAAGCUAAAGUUCUUCAAGAUCGGGGAAGCUGGAUGGGUGGACAAAGCAAGCGAUUUAUGGGCGGCCAACGUGUUAACCAACAAUAAUAAUAGUUGGCUGGUACGAAUUCCUGAAGAUAUUGCGCCCGGAAAUUACGUCCUACGCCACGAAAUCAUCGCGCUUCAUGCCGCUGCGAACCCCAACGGUGCUCAGAGCUAUCCAUUCUGCUUUAAUCUUGCUAUUGACAGCAAAGGCACUGCAGCACCUGACGGCAUCCCCGCAACUCAAUUUUACAAGACUGAUGACCCGGGCAUCAAGUUCGACUUGUUCUCACACCCAACGGCCUACGUGAUCCCUGGUCCGAAAUUGUAUAGCGGAGCACUCCCAGUUAGCCAGACGAAACCGGCUGCCAUCACGGCCACUGCCACUGGUGUUUACGCCUUUACUGCAGCUGCACAUGUUAGGGCGGCGGUCACUACUACAGCGGCCUUAGCUGCCGAUGCUGCGCCGACCACAUUUGUAGUUGCAGCAAAGGCGGUGUCGCCGGCGGUGCCUCAAGCAACCCAGGCAUGAUGAUAUCGGUUGGUUUGUAAUAACCAACUGCGAAAUAGGAAAAAAAUUGGUAUUUAUGUAAUGCUCACCUAACGCAUGAUAUGAUCGCAUAGUGGAUAGAUGUUCGUUGCUGAGUUAAUACUUUACUAAGCUAUUCGUAGUUGUAAUAUUCAAGGACCUUUUAAGCCAAGACGUAAGAAGAUGCGAGCCUCGAUGCAACGUUAUACCUUCAUUAUGUGGCCCAAGUGCCGGAAAG